AUGCCUGACUUGUUGGCGGCAGGUUUGCCGUUGCCAGUGGAAGCGCAGAGUGCACGGCAGCAAGCUGAUGGUGCAGGUAGUGACAGUGGUUGGAACCAGAAUGAUCCAUUUUCACGGACGGACAAGUGGAUUGGAAAUCCACCUCAGCCAUCCUUUGAGAAGUGGCGUGAUCGUGAAAGUGAAGUGCUCAAUUGGGCGCAGUAUGUGGCGGAUUUGUCAGCAUGGGCGUCCCAAGCAUCUUUGCAGUUUGGGACUGAGAUUCUGCAAGCGUCUAGGAGUGCCACGUUGAUCCAUGCUUUCAUGGAAGGAGUGGACAUUCAGGAGGAUUGGCAUUCUGGCUGGGUUGAGACCAGUCAAGAUGGCUACGGCACAGGCGAGGUAGCAUACUUUGCAGGUUGCCCUUGGGUUCGACUCCACCCUCUAGAAACUCUGGAUCGCAACACUGAUGAGGCCGAGGUGUCAGGGUCACAGCAAUUGUCGCUGUCUGCUAUUGCAGGUGUUCCUGAGUUGACCGUGUCUGAGAAGGGCUAUGAACUUCCUGUCUACCCGUUGUCGCGAGCAGCAGCGCGUGAACUUGAGCAACACCGUGCACAAGGGCACACACCUUUUCACCCAGGUUGCGUUGAAUGUGCACGAGGACGAAGUGUUUUCUCCCAUCGGCGACGAUCGCAGGAACGGUUGCAGUGUGAGAUACAAGCUGAUUUUUGUUAUUUGAAGAGCCAGGGUGAGAUUUUGGAAGAUGACCAAGGCUUGGGAAAUAUCAAAAUUCUAGUUCUCACAGAACUGGUGUCGAAUGCAGUUGGAUACAUCGUUGUCACAAGUGACCUCAAGGCGGUCAAGAAGAGGAUUUCCAAAUGGAUGGAGCUAUUUGGAUUGGCAUCGACAUCAGGGGCCACGUCAGUGGUUUUACGCACUGACGCGGAACAGGCAGUGGGAGAUCUCAUUUCAGAUUGCUCAGAGAAGAUCUCGUUUCUAGUGAGAAAGGCAAAUCCACAGCAGCACCGAAGUGUGGGUGCAGCGGAACGUGCCGUUCGAAGGCUUAAGGAGAGCUUGGGUGUUUUGCGAGCUGACUUGAACAAGUCUGGAGUCGAUUUGAACUUUACGCCAGACAGUGUGGCAGAAGCAUUGACGUAUUUGGCCUUAGUUCACAAUCAUUUCGGCAAGACCCCUAGUUCAGACUUUUCACCGUUGGAGACUGUUUGCGGCAGGUUGAGGAUGUUCAUGUGUCGAGAGGAGCGCUGGCCGAUCCCCCGCAGGGCAGCCUUUGAUGCACAGGAAAAUCUCCAGAAUCUUCCGGUACCAUUGGAGGAGGCAGUUGCCUUCUCCCAUUUUGUGCAUCGCGUUCUCUUUGGCUUGGGAGAGAUUGACGAGAAGGAACAGGUGGACAUUGUAUUGGAAUCAGAUUCCAGCUCAGCGUUGCAGUUGAUUGGUGCUGUUGAUCUUCCACGUCGUUCCCGGCACAUUGAUAUCAAGUUGACAUGGUUGAAGGAACGUGUUAGUUCCAAUGAGGUGCAACUUCGACAUCGAGCGGGAACACAGAAUGUGGCAGAUCUUUUCACCAAGCAGGAUACUCAGGUAG